UUUACGGCAGAGUCACGGUAGGUUGAGGCCACUGAGCUUCAUAGAAAUCUGACAGCUUCACAGGUGAGACGAGCGUCCAGUGCUUAUUCCACUUUCACAUUUCAGCUACUUCCCGGAACACUGUUCACUGUGAGCCUGGGGUUGCCACAGUCAAAAAACAACCUUUCGAAGUCUAUUCAUUCCGGCAGCAUGAGCAAAAAGAAAAAGGACUGGAAGACUGAAAAAGAGCGACUGCUCCGUCUAGAUGGGGAGGAGAGACGCAAGGAAUACCGGCGCCAAGACUUCAUACCUCUGGAGAAGAUUCCGACCUGGAGAGAAGAGAACAGAGCCAAUAGAAAAGAAGAAGGAAAGGAAGUUCCAGGAAGAGGAGGACUGAGUGACAAAGUAUCUCUCUACAAAGGAGACAUCACAGUGUUGGAGGUGGAUGCUAUAGUCAACGCCGCAAACUCCAGUCUUCUGGGAGGAGGUGGAGUUGAUGGCUGCAUACACAAAGCAGCAGGGUCCUGUCUGUAUGAUGAGUGCCACUCGCUAAAUGGCUGUGACACGGGCAAAGCCAAGAUCACCUGUGGAUAUGAUCUGCCUGCAAGAUAUGUGAUCCACACUGUGGGCCCAGUGGCCAGAGGUCACGUGAGCACGACAGAGACCAAUGACCUCACCUCUUGCUAUCAGAACUCCCUCAGGCUGGUGAAGGAGCAUGGCUUGAGCAGCGUGGCCUUCCCAUGUAUAUCCACAGGCAUCUAUGGUUUCCCAAAUGAGCCAGCAGCUGACAUCGCUCUCAAAACAGUAAAAAGAUGGAUUGAAGAGAACCCAGAUUCGAUCACACUGGUUAUAUUCUGCGUCUUCUUGGAGACUGACUUUAACAUCUACAAAAAGAAGAUGGCUGCCAUAUUUCAAGACAAUGAUAUGGAGGUUCCAGAGGAUCAGCAGAAAGAAGACGACACACCACCGUCCCCAAACUCCACAGUCAAGGAAGAAACUGAAGAAGAUGACAACGCAGGUAAAGAGGAAACAGGUGAUGAAGAAGAAGGUGACAAUGAUGCAGAGGAAAAAGAAGAAGACGUGGAGAUGGCUAGUCAAAAUCCAGAGGAUGAUACAAGAGAUAAUGCGCCAAAUCAAGAGGAGACGAAAGAGACAAAUGAAAACCAGGAAGAAAAGGAAGAAGUGGAAAUAAUUAAUGACACGGCUGAAGGUGAUAACCAGGGCAAGAACAAAGAAGACACAGCAGAGGAAGAUCAACCUGCUUCAAAAGAUGAAGACAGUCAAGCAACCACGGUGGAGAUGGAAGAUGUCUCUGAGAUUAAUGACACUGGCACCAGCAACAGAGAGGAGAUGAAGGAUCAUGUGGAGAGCUCAGAAGAGCCCAAUUCAAUUCCUACUGACAGCAAUCAGUCCAAAGACACUGUUGAGAAGAAGGAUUGACCAGCUGAGGGCAAGGACAAUCAACCUCAUCUGACAGCCAGCAAACUGUGCAAAGGCCAACAACAGCGGUGUCAACCCGGUCCAUGUCAGGGUUAUUGUGCGCCGACUCUGACAUCGGUACAGGACAACCAGUUAGGUCUGGGUCAUACUUUCUCCCAUGUGUUUCGGCAGAUGCAAAAUAAAUAUAAAUAAAAUAAAAUAAUAAUACAAAUAUAUUAAUAUUAUUUAUUAUUAAAUAAUAAAAUAAAAUAAAUGCUCUCACAUUUUGCUUUGUUCUCACAUGUCAUAUCAUUUUCAGUUCAACCUCUCACAUUUACAUGUCACUGAAUAGUUUCAAGUCAUCAUUACAUCCACAGCUGACAAACAUGAAAAAGUUGAGAACACAUCCAUGAUCAGACACAUUCUCCCAUUCUGAAUUGGCAUCACACAAACACACACCUCUGCCAUCAUGGAAAGUAUGACCCAGGUCUUAUUUCACAGAUGCUCACAUUCCCUACUUGAUUCAGUCACUUUACACCUUGUUAAAGGGAUAGUGUAGGGUUUUUGAAGUGUGCUCAAACACAAUAAUGACCAUCAUGUUGUUUGGCAGGAGCCUCCAGGUCUCAGCAGCAGCUGGUGCAGAGUCAGUACAGACUAUGUUCACAUAUGCAGAAUGUUUUUAUUCAUAAAUGUUUUUAUUAUCAGUUUGGACGAGAGUCCUUCAGACCGAAAUGGAAGAGGAAUUUGGUAUGAAAAUUAUAUAUAAAUGUAAUAAGGGCUGUUAUAUAAUUAAAUAUUUUAACCGUAUUCAUUGUGAUUAAUUCACGGGGUAGCUGUAGAUUAAUCACGAUUAAACAUGAUUGAUUGAGAUACAUUAUUAUUCCAAAAUAUAUUAAAAAUAAAACCAGUUUUUUCUUUAUGUUGCUGGAGCAGAAAGACAAAUAACAGCAGUUAUUUGUAGAUGUAUGUUUUCUUUCAUUCGAGACUAAUCCAAAUCAUGCAAUUGUUUUUAUGGAAAAAUGCAAAGAAAAAUAUACAAAAUAAAAUAAAAAUAUCAUGCCUUCAAAAAGGCAUUGAGAUGUUAGUUAUAGAAGAAGUUUUUCUUCUGUUUCCAUAGUAACCAACAACUCUUGUUGUGCCUGUUGUUCCCUGAUUUGGUACUAACUAUUGUCUCCUCACAUUUGUCAUGAUCUGAUCAAAUGUGUACAUGUACACUGCUUUAAUUGUACAUAAUUACAUCAAUGUAAACGUAGCUGCUACUGUAUGCCACCUCCUGCAAACACAGCUAAAAAAACCUUGGCUAUCCCUUUAACAAACCGCUAAUCCCUGUGUGUACUGUACCUUUAUGUGUGUAUGUACCAAACGAUACCAGUUGAACAUAUCAAGCAGAAAAGAAGAGCCAUACCUCACUGUGUGUUUCAUCAUUCUUCCUCUUGGAUGUGUGGAGAUGAACCCAGGUUCAAGUCUUUUUAUAUUGUUAACCCACUGUGAGAGAGUGGUGACACAUGACAACAUGUCCCCACUCCAGGCAGGGUGACAUGUGACAUCAUCCACCCUCUUUGCUCUUUGCAUUGCUCACAAUGACAUCACCUUGAUGGUGACACCACCUGACAGGGAAACUCCCCAGGGUACGUAGAGACCUGAGUGGAGGAGCGACACCUCACUGACACCUCCCAUGUCUCCUCACACACUGACACCUCCCAUGUCUCUUCACACACACACACACACACACACACACACACACACACUGCUGCAGGUAAAGCAGUGUGGCUUAGUUAGUCAUUCAGUCCUAGGCUGGACGUCCCACUGAUGGGUCUGUCAUCUGAAACCAUCACUGAUAAUGUCUCAU